AUGGUAGAGAAGAAUUCGAAAGGGAAGAAGCGAAAAUGGGAACCAAUAGAAUUGGACGAUCCUUCGUUCUUUGCGGGCGAAAUGGAUGGAUUUGUGUCCCUUGAAGUCAUGGAAGAUUAUCAUCCAGAAGAGCUAGCAGGAAUUGGUGCCGGUGACCAGCUCAGAAGAAGAAAAUAAAAGAACGGCCGCUGCAGGAGGUAAAUUGCUUAAAAGUGCUUAGAAGAUACAACUGUAAGAUUCACUUCAAGCACGUGGUGAAAUUACCCUUGUAUUUUACGAGAAAUUGGGAAAAAAUUGUCUUUUUAAAUUUUUUUAAAUUUAUUUUUUAUUAUAACUCAUCUUUAAUUACCAAAUGUUGAGGGUUGUCCAAUACAUCCAAAAUUGGGUUGAGUCGUUCACGAAUCGACCCACCAGAAGUUAAUUAGUGGUUAAGUCAUCUUGUGCUACUGGAAAUCUGAAACAAACCGUGCCUCUUAAGGUGGAGAUGUCUUACCAUAAGUCGAUUUUCAAGACGCUUAAUAAUAAUCCUCAACCUGACUCAAAUAGAAUGACUUGUCUCCUGAGUCAGAUUGGGUGUAUUGGACAUGAGAAUCAAAACUAAGAUAACUGCCAGUCAUACCUUAAAUGAGAAAAGAAACAAACAAACAAAAACAACAACAACAAUAACACUCACCACAAGAACUACAUGGAAAUACAGCAAUUGAUCAAAAUCAUUUUGAGAGCAGUUUGUCCUAAAUUUUUUGAAGACAGCAGACUGCAUUGUCCCAAGGGCUCAUGCAUUUUUUCAGUCUUUACCCAUACAUGCACAAUUAUGUAUAUCUAAGAAUAGAAGCUUCUUUUUGGUUUUCUCUAAAAGUUUGGCUCGCAGAAAAAAAAAAAGCUACAUAGUAUUGUCUUUUGAUUUAAAUCUUCAGGAUAAUCUGGAACAAACAGUUACCACACCAUCCACACAACUUGAAAAAGCACAAAGAAUAACCAACAGACAAAGGGAAAAAAGAAGAGGAAAAAGAAAAACAAGGCCCAAAGUAAAGCCCAGUCAGAAGAGCAAAUCAGAGUAG